UAUGGAUCAUAUCAAAACUAUUAUUAAUCAAUCAAAAAAAAAUGAAAGUAAUAUAGCAGUUAGAUAUGAUAAUAAAAAUCAAUUAGAAUGGAAUUAUUAUGAUUUUGAAAAUUUUUUAGAAUCAUAUUUUGUAAAAAUUGAUGAAUCUAAUGGUAUAAAAAAAGAAACUAUAAUUUGUAAUAAUGUUCAAUUCGAUCCAUAUAAACCUUUAACUGUAAUUCCCUUAAAACCUUUAACUUUAAAAUGUCAAACACAAUUGUUCAAAGAUAUUCGUCCAUAUAUCCACAACCCUCACAAAGACGAAUUAUGUUUUGCCCCACGUGAACAAGAUUAUAUUGAUAUAGAAUAA